AUGAUCAUUCAAAUGAAGCAGCAUCUAUCGUACCGCGAAGACCACAUCGUUUGCAUUUGCGAGGCGCUGUUCCAGUCCAGGGACUAUAUUGGACUGUGCAAGUUCUUCGAUUACCUUUCAGGCUACGAUUGCAAGAAGAUAAAGCACGCUUCUGUGCUGAGGGCACACCUGCUGUAUUUGUUGAUCAAGCAGAGAUUCAAUGACGUGUACCACAUCAUUGAGAACUGCGCAUUCGAGCCGCAGUACCACAGUGAACUUCAAGACAUAUGGUGGCAAGCCCACUAUUCAGAGUUGGAGCAGACGCGCCGUAAACCAUUGGGCGCCGUCGAGAAGUACCGCCUUCGGAAGCGCUUUCCUCCACCGUUUACGAUCUGGGAUGGCCAAGAAACGAUCUACAGCUUUAAGGAAAACGCCAGGAAGGUUCUGACCGCCUGCUACAGUGCAAACCAAUAUCCGUCGGCUAAAGAAAAGAGGUUAAUCGCGGAAAAGACCAACCUCAGUUUCUUGCAGGUCAGCAACUGGUUCAAAAACAGGCGACAACGAGCCAAAAGCUCUUCCACCCAUGCUCACAACGACUGA